AUGCACUUAUUAACAAAAAUAUUAUUUACAAUUAUAUUUAUUUUAAUGUUUUACUCAACAAUAAUACAAACAGCAAAAUGUAGUUGUUCAUGUUGUUUUAGUAAUUUCUGUAAACCAGAAUCAUUACCAUCAUUACAUGUUGAUAGUUGUUCUAUGUGUAAAAGUACAUGUAAUGAUGUUUAUCCAUCAGAAUAUGGACGAGAUCCUGAUGUAACAAUUUCAUCAUGUAGUUCUGGACUCUCUAUUGGUACAAUUAUUGGUAUCAUAAUUGGAAUUAUUGUUAUAAUAAUAGUAGUUCGACUUUGUGAACAUCGUCCAAAUUAUAUCCAAAGAUAG